AUGAUCGCAAACAUUCUUAUCCCGGCUGUGGCCACCUUGAUCGCAUCCGUUGCCCUAUACGCUCUCAAGAUUUUGCACAGAAACUGGACCUCGCCCCUCAAGUUUAUCGAUGGCCCGCCGUGUGCCAAUCCUCUCAUGGGGCAUUUCACCCUCAUUUUUGAUGUACCGGAUACCACCGUCAAGUGGCGAGCAGAAUACGGAACGACGUUCAUGGCUAAAAGCCUCUUCUACGAAAACGAACUUUACACUACAGACAUAACGGCGUUAUCUCACAUCCUCUCGCACGGCUCACUUUACACGAAACCAUAUGCACUGCUAUUCAAUCUGCAGGAGGUGAUGGGAGACGGAAUCCUUUCGGUUGACCGCGAUCCGCAUAGACGUCAGCGAAAAAUUCUGAGCCCUGCCUUCGGUCCCCAGCAGCUACGGGCCAUGAACGAGGUCUUUGUGGAAAAAGGAAAUAUGUUGCGCGACAUGCUGGCAAAAGACGUCGACGCUGCCGGCGGUACGGUGACUACGAAUAUGUCGGACUGGUUCCGUCAGGUCACCUUAGAUAUCAUCGGAGAGGCCGGAUUCGGCUAUCAAUUCAAGUCUCUGGAGACACACGGCAAAAAGGAAGCAGAACUGAGCACGGUGUUUGCUCGGAUGUUCCAAAACCCGAACCUCAACUUCUAUCGGGCAUUCCAGGCCGCACAGGCUGACAUCCCAAUUUUACGGGCCCUUCCUCUACCUGGCUGGACGGUCACUCGCUAUGCAAGAAAGAAGUUGCGGGCAAUCGGGACGGAAUUGCUUAACAAAUCCAAGACCGAGGCUGCUUCGCUCGGGUCCAAAAAUCUUACCUCGGGUCGCGAUUUGUUGUCGCUUCUCGUGAAGGCCAACAUGUCCAGUGAGGCUCCCCAAAGCCAGCGCAUGAGCGACGACGAAGUGAUCGCCCAAAUACCAACGUUCUUCCUCGCUGGACACGAGACGAGCAGCCUCGCCCUCGCCUGGGCGACGCACGCCUUGUCAAGCGAUCAGUCCGUGCAAGACAAACUGCGUCAAGAGCUGCUCUCGGUUCCGACGCAGACUCCGACCAUGGACGAGCUCAACGCGCUCCCGUUCCUGGAGAAUGUUCUCAGAGAAACCAUGCGGUUGCACUCACCAUUAGUCAGCACCGAGCGUAUGGCGGAGAGGGACGACGUGUUGCCGCUCAGCAAGCCAUAUGUCGACCGUCAAGGCAUUUCGCACGAGUCUCUCCCGAUUCGUACGGGCCAGCUUUUCCACAUCCCGGUCCUGGAGGUCAACAACAGCAAGGAGCUCUGGGGAGAGGACGCGCUCGAGUUCAGGCCCGAACGCUGGGACAAUGUCCCGGAAGCCGUGAAAGCCAUCCCGGGAGUCUGGGCCCACCAGAUGACCUUCCUGGCCGGCAAGCACAGCUGCAUGGGCUUCCAGUUCACCAUCGUCGAGCAAAAGGCCAUUCUGUUCGCUCUUUUACGCCGCUUCGUUUUCCUCCCCGCUUCUGAAGAGGUCAAGCCCACGGUCAGCGGGUUUUUCCAACGUCCCAUCUCGUUCGUUCGUGGCGGGAGUGACAAAGCGGGUUUGGUUUCCGUCGGCGGUCUACGGGUCAUAGUCAAGGCGUACAAGGGCGAAGCCCCUGCUUGA